CAAGAAAAUGUUCGACAAGUCAUCCUGGCACUAGAAAAUAUGGCACUAAAUCUAAUUACACCAAUUCUACACUUAUUUUUUCAAAAUCUAGAGAAGGAAUUAAAUGGAGUAACGCCAGAUAACAUUUACAAUAUGGAUGAAACAGGGUUUCAUGAUGACCCUGGAAAAAAAAAACUUAUUUUUCGUCGAUCAUCUCGCCAUCCAGAACUUAUAAGAAACACAACAAAAACUUGUUACACUGUUGUUUUUUGUGGAAAUGCCUCAGGAAAACUAAUUCCACCAUUUUUCAUUUUUAAAGGAAAACACAGUUGGUCUGACUGGCUUUUCAAUGCACCAGAAGGAUCAAGAAUGGCAACUUCUUGCAGUGAUAUAACAUUUAUAUGUUUGGUACCCAAUUCCACACACCUUUUACAACCUUUAGAUGUUGGAUAUUUCUCGAGUUUAAAAGCUAAUUGGAGGUCAGUUCUUAAUCAAUGGCGUAAAACAUCCAGAGGAAAAAAGGUUAAUAAUCUGCCAAAAAAUUUAUUUACGCAGCUCAUUAAAUCUACUCUUAAUGUUGGUAAAGAAAAUCUAGAACAUAAUCUCCAAGCAGGAUUUAAGGCUACUGGCAUAUAUCCAUUUUUACCAGAACAUGUUCUCUCCAAAUUACCCAGUUUUACAAAUAUAGAUAUUCAACUCAAUAUUGGAGAAUCGUUUAGGAAUUAUGUUGAUGAUAUUCAUCUUAAUUAUGAAGUAAGCAAAAAAUUUAAGUUACCAAUAACAGCAGCGAAAAGUGUAUCAGCCACUGAGGUAGAAGCAUACUAUAAGGAAAGAGACAAUAAAAAAAAAAGUCAAGAUAAUAUUCGAGCAAAGAAAAGAGGAAGACCACUUGGAUCAAAUAAUAUGGUUAUGAAAAUAAACAAAAAACUUAAUAAUUUACAAAUUUCAAGCAUUGUAAAUGUUAAUCAAGUUAUUGAAGACGAUGAACAAGUUUUACCUGUAUCUCAAAAUGAUGCAGUUUUUUCAUUGGAGCAAAUAAACAAUCACUAUGUACAUGUUUUCCUUGAUCAUGAUUAUUUUGUAAAAGAGUUAGUUUAAACUCAAGACUAAAAGAAGGAAACACUGUAAUAUUUAGUUUUAUAGUCAAUGGUGUUUAUUUGUGGAGAAUUAUAUAAAAAUAAUGUCUUAUUUAAUUUUUUCUUUUAUAACCUUAAAAAUUAUUUUGUGAAUAUUUUAUUGAAAAACUUGUUUGUUUAUUCU